GCUCAUCUCUGCGCAACACGCUUUGUUUUCUGUAUAAACCUGUGGCUGCUGCGCGGAUCUCUGCAGCAGUGCGCCCCCCCCCUCUCCAUGGAUGUAAUCUCUGACUCCACAACAGGUAGCUCCUCUUUUGAUGUCUCAGACUCAGUAAUCCGUCCAGACCUCGCAGAGCAUUUGGCAGGAGAGUCAGAGCGGUACUCCUCCAGCGCAGAGUCUCUGGAAGUCCCUGUUGAAGUCUGCGCAGAGAUGUGUCGACAGGAGGGCGAGUGGAUGAAGGUCAUCGACGACAUCCAGGAGGUGUUCGACUUCAUGGAGGAGCUGGGAUCCGGGGCGUUCUCAGAGGUGUUCAUGGUGAAGGAGAAGAAGACGGGGAAGUUGUUUGCCAUGAAGUGUGUGAAGAAGAAACAGACGCGAGACCUCAAUCUGGAGAACGAGAUCGCCGUGCUGAGGAGGGUCAAACACGACAACGUGGUGGGGAUGGAGGAUUUCUAUGAAAGUCGGACCCAUUACUAUCUCGUCAUGGAGCUGAUUAUUGGAAAGACGGCGCGGAGCCAGGACAUCUAUUACUCUGUCAGCGUUCAGAUCCAGAAGAACUUCGCCAAGUCCAAGUGGAAG